AUGUCAGAAACCAUUAUCGCUUUCGAUCUUUAUGGUACGCUACUCUCAACGGAGUCGAUAGCUACAGAAUUGGCAAAACUUUUCGGCAAUGAAACGUCCAAGACCCUAGCUACGCGAGCCAGGACUUUGCAGUUGGAGUACACAUGGCGCAGCAACAGCAUGAACAGAUACCAAAGCUUUAGCAAUGUGACACGCUGGUCUUUUCGACAAGCUACUGCAGAGCUGGGCCUUGACCUUGGCCCCGCCGAGGAGGAGCGCGUCAUGAAUGCGUACAACGGGCUGGAUACAUUUCCCGAUGCAGACGCCGGUUUAAGGAUUCUCGCCAAAGAAGAGGCAGGGUCGGUAAGCGCAUACGUAUUCUCAAACGGCGACUCCAGCAUGCUGGCUUCUUCCAUGUCUACGUCUCCAGCGCUGGCCAACGCAAGCAGUGUCUUGCCAGCGGGCAAGGUCAUAAGCGUCGAGCCGCUGCGCGUCUUCAAGCCACAUCCAAGCGUCUAUGAUUAUCUGGUUGGGGUGACCGGUAAGAAGGACUGCCCUGGUGAUGUAUGGCUCGUAUCUUCGAAUCCUUUCGAUGUGUGUGGUGCGGUCGCAGCUGGUCUGAGGAGUGCGUGGGUCGACCGUGCUGGUAGAGGGUGGCUCGACGGACUAGCUAACGGAACAGGUAACAAUCCAACCAUGGUGCACCAACAACAGUCGACAGCACAUCAACGUCAGGCCAGGACCAGGAUUAUGUGCGGCAUACACGCUGCCAUCUCCCACAAUGUCUCAAGUCCGAUAUCUGGCACCUUGGAGGCGAACCUGCGCUGCCGAGGACCAGAUCAUCUGGGCAGCCUGACCAUCAGCCUCCCAGAUAAUGAUUCACAUUUGUGCGUCGCCCUGACGUCCACCGUCUUAGCGCUGCGCGGUAAUCAUACAACAGCCCAGCCCCUGUUGGAUCAGGGCUCGGGGUCGGCACUUUGUUGGAAUGGAGAGGCUUGGAGAAUUCAUGGCCAGCCGGUCACUGGCAAUGAUAGCGAAUUUGUCUUAUCCAAGCUUGUCGCGGCAAGUAGUCACAGCAAGGAGGCUAUUCUCAAUACGCUGCGCGCAAUCGAGGGCCCAUUCGCGUUUGUAUUCGUGGACAAGCGAAACAAGAGCUUGUAUUACGGUCGCGAUCGUCUGGGACGACGAUCACUUCUCGUAAAGCUCGAGUCCCCGUUCCAGCUAUCCAGCAUAUCGGACUCCUCGACUACAGGCUGGCUGGAGGUGGAGGCUGAUGGAUGCUACAGUAUCUCACUGACUAGUAAUAGCUUUCUAUCCACUGUAGAGCCCUCGCGACACGACUGGGAUAGCAAUGCAGAGUUGAUAUCGGCACUUGGCAUAUUCAAUGCAACUGUGCCGAAGGGACUUGACAGGCUGACAGAAAACGUUGAGGCCGUCGGUACAUUGAAGAAUCACCUGCUUCAAUCGCUACAAUACCGUGUUCAAGGCAUACCAGUGCCGCCAGGAGUGAAUGAACCGCAGGCUUCUGUCGCUGUUCUGUUCUCGGGCGGACUCGAUUGUACUGUGUUGGCCCGCCUUGCACACAACUUGCUCCCAAAAGAUCAACAAAUCGACCUUUUGAAUGUGGCCUUUGAAAACCCUCGGAUAGCUGCGCAGCACAAGGACCUCGAUCCGGAAAAGCUGUUCGAGCUGUGUCCAGACCGCAUGACUGGCAGGCAAUCGUUUGCUGAACUAAUCAAAAAUUGCCCCGCAAGAACAUGGCGAUUCGUCGCAGUGAAUGUACCCUAUUCCGUGGCCAUGUUUCAUCGAAAUACUGUAGUGAGCUUGAUUCACCCUCACAAUACAGAAAUGGAUCUUUCGAUUGCCUUUGCAUUGUACUUUGCGGCCCGUGGACAGGGUCUAGCACAGACUAGCAUUGACACUGAGCCUACACCGUAUUCCGCAACGGCCCGAGUGCUCCUUUCAGGGCUCGGCGCUGACGAAUUGUUUGGUGGCUACUCGCGUCAUGGAAUCGCUUUUGAAAGGAAGGGCUACGAAGGAUUGAUUGAGGAGCUUAGACUCGAUGUCGGACGCCUUGGAAAGAGAAACCUGGGCCGCGAUGACAGAGCCAUGUCGCACUGGAGUCGGGAGGUUCGCUUCCCGUUUCUCGAUGAACGCCUAGUGAAAUGGGCCAUUGAGCUGCCAGUCUGGCAAAAGUGUGAUUUUGGAAACGAUCCGAAUGGUGAGAAAGGCGUCGAAGCAGCAAAGCGUAUUUUGCGUCUACUCGCCAGAGACCUCGGCCUGAACGCUGUAGCAUUGGAGAAGAAGAGAGCAAUACAAUUUGGUGCCAGGACGGCCAAGAUGGAGAGCGGUAGAACCAAGGGAACAACGCUCAUCAGUGCGUGA